GAGGGCCGAUCAGUUCAGCUCUGGACGUUCUCAUCGCUGUUUCUUUGUGUUUUUCUUUAAUUCCCGUGUUUUUGCAUUUACAAGAUUUUUUAGAUCGCCCGGGGGUUUAGAAUUCGUAGUGAGACAAUGCCAACGAGGGAGAAAGUAUUGGUCGGUGCUGGAGUGGUUUGGGGGAUCACACUCUGCUGUCUGUUGUUGAGGAGGAAGAUUUUUCCUGGAAAUAUUCUAGGUCUCAUUCCCGUCAUUCUUCAUCGUAAUCACAGAAUGGACAGUGAGAAAGACCAGAAGAACAGUAUUGAGGACGCGAGCCCUUCCCUGAACCAUCAGCCACCCUCUCCGAGUAGUCCUGGUGCCUCCAGCAACUCAGGAAAACAAUGGGUGUCGAAUUUCAUGGCUGGGGCUUCUCCCCCGAAGUUCGUGUCUUUAGAGGAGAUUGUCCAAGCUGCUAAUGGGAUGAAGAACAUGGCAUUGGCCCAUGAGAUUGCUGUUGACAAGAACUUUCAACUCCAGAAGCUAGAGCCGGAGGAGAAUAGCAUUCAGAAACAGGUGAAGGAGGUCAUGCACAAGGCCUUUUGGAAUAUUCUGGCUGGACAAUUGAGUGAGGACCCACCACAGUAUACUCAGGCACUCGUACUACUCAAAGAAAUCCGUGAAUCUUUAGAAGAACUAGUACUCCCUCACCACACGAAAAUUCGCGAAAAUCUCCGAGAAGUCCUCGAUAUUGAUCUCAUAAAGCAGCAAGCAGAGAAAGGAGUCCUAGACUUUCGCAACUACUCCCAGUACGUACUCUCUAUAAUGAGUAAAGUGUGUGCACCAGUGCGAGACGAGAAAAUCCAUGAGCUGGGUGAAUGCACUGACGUUGUGGAGACAUUCAAGGGCAUCAUGGAGACGAUCCAAUUGAUGAGGCUUGACCUCGCCAAUUUCACAAUCUCAAUGAUGAGACCAAACAUUGUUGCCUCGAGUAUCGAGUAUGAAAAAACCAAAUUCGCGGAAUUUCUCAAGGUGACGACUGAUGGCCUCCAAUUCACCAGACUGUGGCUGCUAAAGCAUCUUGACGAGACUAAAGUCAACGCUGCUGGGGCUGAUCCUAAUGGAGUUAAACACGUCACUCAUUAUCUUCUUGCUGAGGCUUAUCUGGAUUUGCUUAACUGGGAUUCUAGUCCUGAGGCUGAGACACUCAUGCUCGAUCAAGGGAGACUCUUAGAGCUCAGAGAUAAGAUAAAUCACCUGUCAAUCAUCGGUUCUAUUCUCCUCGUCUGCGGUAACACCGUCGGCGCACCUGUUCAAGGAGUUGCAGCCUUCAAGAAAGAUAUUAAAGAGCACCUGAAAGUUCUUCUGGACUCUGUUCACUCCAACAAGGCUUUGGAAGAAGUGAUGCCAAAUAUUGUACUUCAAGUCAAAGAAGAUGUGAAAGCUACUUUAGGUCAAGUUGGUGCUUCAGAACUCACUCCAGAAGUUGAAGCCAUUCUUCAGGGACAAAUUUUGGAUCUCGUCAAUGAAGAUCAUAAAAUUCGGCAGCUUCUCAACUUGAGGAUACGACAAUUCCUCCAGAAAAUAAUUCUGAGUCAGACAGCAGUGCCCACUCCAGUACCUCCAGGAUUGUCGUCUCUCCAGGAAGAACUAGCGGCAGUGGCUGCAAGAUUUUUCAUCAUAGUUGCCCACAAUCGCAGCGUCUUCGGAGAUUAUUACCAAGAAAUUGUGGAAACUGAAAUAGCGCGAUUAAAUUCCACUCUGGGAUCAUCAGACAACAUGACUGAUGGCAUGGAUGCUUAGCUCCUAUCAAUAAAGGUCUUCAAAUAGUGCUGACGAUAAAGAAACCAAUCUGGAUAUUCACCAGUUGCAUACGCAAUUAAAUGGCUGCCAGUAGGAUUUAACUGUUCAACUGUGCCCGGCUUUCCUCUGUUUAAAUUACAAAUACAUCUUUUGUAUCACAUUUUAAUGAGAUAAUCACGUAGACGUGAAUGGAUUAAUUUCGACGAAUUAAUAAUUUCCUAUUAAUAUUGGAAAGAGAAUCGAAUUGUGAUAGAUCAUGUAAUUUUUAUGUAAUAGCGUAAUUAAUUAAUGAGUUCAUAACAACUCGAGAAAAAAUUAUGAAAGAUUUGUUCUUUAUUCCAACUUGUGGUUUAGGUUUUUAGUUAAUAAAUAAUUUAAGGCACUUUUA